GAAAUGGAAAGUGGUUUAAUUCAUCUCAAUGCAUCGAGUAGAUUGCCUAAUACAGGCAGAAUGCCGUCAUCAUCAAUAUUACGACACAGCUACCCCAAUCUUGGCAGAGAGGCAGGUGCCGAACCGUCGUGACACUGCGUCUUGGCAGCGUCACCACCCGAGCUUCCACUCUCAUCACCAUACCUUGAUGUCUCGUUCUGCUGCGACAUCUGUUCGUAUAUGCUAUCCCCGGCCCAAUACGGCAGGUCAAUUUUGCGGCAACAGCAGGGAUACAGAUAGGCCAUUCUCAGUAGCAAUGGGACGAAGCGUAUUAAAACCACGAUAUAACCCAUGAUCUGCACAAUGUUCCCAACACCUCGAAUGUCACGUCUUUCAUCAGAAGGGCCCGUUCUCUGCCAUCAUGAAGCUUUCUAGACAGGCCGGGUCGGCCCUGCUUCUCGCGUCGACGGCCAUCGCGACCGAUCCCUUGACUGCUGACAGACUUGAGGCCGAUAUCAAGACCGAUGAAUUGCAGCGCGUCUUAUGGAACCUCAACCACAUUGCCGACCGCAAUGGUGGCAACCGUGCCUUUGGCGAGCCCGGCUACAAGGCCUCUGUAGACUUUGUUGUUGAACGAGCCCAGGGCCGGUUCCACCCCGAGAUGAACACCUUUAUUCAACCUUUCAACCACACGUACGACAAGACGCUCGAGAUCAAGGUCACUGGCCCCGACGGGGAAGACGUGUUUGUGAUAUCCCCCCAGUACAACCCCGCCACACCCCUUCCUGGCGGCAUCACGGCCAGUUUGAUCAACACGCCCGUCAACGAUGAGGCCGGAAGCAUGUGUGCUGAGAGCGAUUGGGAUGGCAUUGAUGCCACUGGAAAGCUGGCGCUGGUUAAGAGAGGUGUGUGUGCUGUGUCGGACAAGUUGAAGUUUGCCAGAGCCAAGGGAGCGUUGGGGGUUAUUCUCUACAACCAAGCCCCAGGUACCAACUAUGCCACCCCUACCCUGGGUGCUGAGAACAUUGGACAGCUCGUCCCCGUCGGCAUUGUGCCCCUCGAGGCGGGCGAGGCCUGGAUUGCCCGCCUCGGUGCUGGUGAGGAUGUGGUGGUGAGCUUGUUGGUCGAUGCCAUUGCCGACACCCGCGAGACGUGGAAUGUCAUCUCUGAGACCAAGGAGGGCGACCCCAACAGCGUCAUCAUGCUCGGUGCGCAUCUCGACAGCGUACAGCAGGGGCCUGGUGUGAAUGACGAUGGCAGUGGCACAGCCGCCCUCCUCGAGCUCAUGGGCGCAGUCAAGAACUACAAGGGCUUCAAGAACAAGAUCAGGUUUGCCUGGUGGGGUGCUGAAGAGAGCGGUCUUAUCGGCUCGCUGUACUACACAUCUCAGCUCUCGCCUGCCGAGGCCGACAAGAUCAAGUACUAUUUCAACUACGACAUGAUUGGAUCCAUCGAGCCCAUCUAUGCUGUUGGCUCCGACGAGAACAGCGGCGUUGGUCCUCAGUUGCUGGAAGAAUAUCUUGUCGCCCAGGGCAAGACGGUCGAGCGUGGUGGUUUUGAGGACGGCAACUCAGACUACGUCGGCUUUGUCGAGUUGGGUAUUCCCACGGCCAUGCUGUUCACGGGCGCCGGUGAGCCCUGGGAUCCGUGCUAUCACCAGGCCUGCGACACGCUCGACAACAUCAACUGGGAUGCGUUGACAGUCAACACCAAAGCUGCCGCCCGCGCCCUCGCCCGCUUCGCCAACGACCUCUCGGGAGUUCCGGCCCGCGCAUCGACGUCACCGAACUUAAGGGGUCGCGCAAAGAUCACGCAGGAGUUCAGGAGGUGGAAGCGGGUGGCGGAGGAAGGUGCCAGCCACGGGAAGAUGUGCUCGCACAAGGAGAAGAAGGUGGUUGUUUGA